AUGACAGAACAGACAGAGGGAACUCUGGAGGAUACACAAACAGAGGAGGUGUGCUAUGUAAGUAACCAGAGAGGUUACAACAAAGUUUAUGGUAACUACAGCAGCAAUCCAAACCUUUCUUAUCGCAGCACAAAUGUAGAGAAUUCCCAAGAUCAAGUGUAUCCACCUCAACAAGGGCAACACCAAGGAGGUCAACAAACUGUGUACUUCAAGAGAAGUUAUCCUCCAAAGACAUUUGGAGCUCCUAAUCACGGUUCUACUCAGGCUCAAGCAGGCAGUAGCUCAAUUCAAGACUCUGACAUGAAGACAAUGCUCCAGCAAAUCAUCAAGGGACAAGCUAGUGGAGCUAGUGAGCUCAACACAAAGCUGGCCGAGAUAAACAGCAAGGUCGACUGUUCUUACAACGAUCUUAACAAGAAGUUGGAAUCCUUGAACUCAAAAGUUCAACAAUUGGAAGCCAAGAGCAGCAACCCUUCCUCUUCUAAGGGUAUGCUUUCAGGAAAACCCAUUCCAAACCCUAAAGAGUAUGUGCAAGCAAUAACUCUUAAGAGUGGACGAGUUCUACCUGAAUGUGUUGCUCCGGCUAGAAGCAAUGAGGACAUUGUGAUUCAAGAGGAGGAGGAGUCAGUCGACAUUGAAGCUGAUGAUAGCAUUAAGAAGGAACCAGCAGAGCCAGAGACACAUAACAAGAAGAAUAGCACAGCAGAGCCAUCAAAAGGCAAUAAGAAGAUGAGUGAAACUCUUUUUGUUCCUCCACCUUUCAAACCGAUGCUGCAUUUUCCCACAAGGUUCAAGAAACAAAUGGCAGAAAAGUGCAAGAGAGUAUUCAAUCAGCAGAUGUCUGAAAUUAUUCUUAAAAUCCCCAUCAUAGAUGCUUUCAUGAUGAUCAAACCUUAUCAGAAAUUUCUGAAGGAUGCUAGGAGAGAACCAAAGAAGUCCAAGGCAUGGUCGUUUUAUCUAAGGACUGUAGUGCCAUAA